AUGGGCAUUUUACGUCAAAUAUGUUAUUGGUCAAUAGAACUACAAAUCAAUAAUUUUAGUGGUGUAGUAAAUUCAGCUAAUCAAUUAAUAGGACAUUUGUUUGAUUAUAAGAAGCCAUACGAAUUUGAAUAUGGCACAGGAUUUAAUUCUGUAGAAAACUGUCUAAAGAUUAUUGAGCAAAGUAACAAUUGUAUACAAGAGAUCGC